AGGCUACCCAUCCAGAUAUGCAAGAACGCUUGCGACUUAUUUUUCUUGGUCAUAAAGGUCUUGUGGCUGAUCUGCGUACUCUGAAUGUUGGUAGACCCUCACACACUUUUGAUGUGUUUUUUGAACAGUUGCAGAACAUUAUUGAAAACAAAACUGCUGUUGAUGACAGAAGACAUGGUGAGGCUCAUCUCUCUGAAUGGUUGUCACUUGAGGACAUGAUACAACAAGCAAAAGAACGCUGUCCAGAGAACACCCCUAUACCUUCCAAAACUCUUGUAAGACUUCAAUUUUCUCCAAGGAAUCAAUAUGCCAAGACAUCGUGGAACUUCACCAGCCGCUUACAGGUUCAGUAUAAAAUUCAGAGGAGACAGCUGCGCCUUAGCCAUCCAGAUGAGCAUUACUGCAAUGCUCUUCUGAAGUAUUUAAAAGAAUUUGCUGUUGAAAUGAAAACACAGUGUAAUGUUGCUAUGUUUGCAUGUGAUGAUAAGGCAAAAGUACCCAUUGGUGAACCUGGAUUUGCUGUUAGUACAGGAGUAAGGGGGAAACAGACUAUAGUACCAACAUCAUCAACUCUUGUGGCCGGAGAUCAUGAUAUAACCAAGUCAUCUCUAACUCCAUCAGUAUCACUGCAGUGUGAAAUACCAGACUCAAGCGAGCAUUCGUUUGUUAGAGGAAAAGUACAUGUUACCGUAAAUGACUCUGUAUUUCAGUCUUCAAAUCCAUUUAGACAUGCCGCUACUCUGGUGAAGAUUGUUAAACAUCAGCCAAACAUCAACAUUCUAAUACUUUACACAGAUGGAGGAACUGACCAUAGGAACACAUUAGCAAGUGUGCAGUGUUCUGCAGUAUGUUUAUUCAAGGAAUUGAAUGUUGAUAUGCUUGUAAUGUGCAGGUGUGCACCUGGACAUAGCUGGAGAAAUCCAGCCGAGCGCAUUAUGUCAUUAUUAAACAUUGGACUACAGAAUUGUUCCUUAGAAAGACAACAAUGCAAUGAUGAAAUUGAAAAGCAUUUAAAGAAAUAUGGAAAUAUGAAAGAAAUUCGUGAAAAAUCAUCUCCAGAGGUAAAACAGGCUUACAUUGAAGCAGUAGAGUCUGUUCAAAGUAUUGUUCGUAACAGAUUUUCAAAAUUGAAAUUAAAAGGGGAAGGUGUCCAAGUGUUAGACCCAGUCACUGAAGAGGACAUUGAUUUAUGUAAGAGGCAUUUGAGAGAACUAUUUCCCGAACUAAAUCUAGGGAAACUAGUGAAAAAUGUAACAAAAAAGGUCUUGUCACUUACAAAGUGGAUGGAAAAUCACUGCCGAGAACGCCACUAUAGCUUUCAAAUUAAGAAAUGUGAUGAUGAGAGUUGCUGUAGAAAAUCACAACUUUCCGAAAAUGUUCAUCUAGACUGGCUUCCAGAUCCAGUUCUCUUAGAUGACAAGGAGCAUUACAGAUCAUACAAAGACAGCAAGGGCAAAGUAACUGACGAGUCUGACCGCCCAACCUUUAAAGAGUCAGAGCGUAAAAAGGUGACGAAACCAAGAACUGCUAAGAAACGGGCUUUGAACGAAACUGGUGACACAAGUGACAAUGUGACCAAUCAAGAUGAUAUUAACAUGGAUGUUGAACAGAGUGUGUCUGAUGUGACUGAAUCUGAAGCACCAUUUCCACUUACAGCCCAGACAGCACGAGGAUAGUUAAUUGUGUGGAGUGUGAAAAACCUAGAGUUUAUUAUUGUAAAACCAAAUUGUCUAGUCGUCAAAAUUUAGUUCUGAUAACAGCUAUUUCUGAAAAUGAUUACACAUGUGGAUCUCCUCUUUCUGGACAUGAACUGCUGAAAAAUGUUUAUAUUAAGACUGCUGUUAAUUGUGGUAGUCAAGUGGAGUUUCCAUACUAUAGCAGUGAGUUUGCAAGGUUUAAUGUGUGCGCAUACUGUGGAGAUAGUGAUGCAUCUGUUGAUACAGAACUGAAAAAACGUUAUAGAACAGUCCUUCCCAUUUGUGCCAAUUGUAAAAAUAGUGGAAAAGUGUCUGUGACAAAGAGACCUUAUGGAAAAGAGUAGUGACUGUUUUUUUAUUAUAAAAAUUGAGGGACAGUGGUUGGACGAAAAAAAUCAUAACAUGCACAAUUAUUAAAUGUUUAUUCAGGAACAAUAUAAGUGCAAAAAUAAACAUAUAUAUAUGUAUGUAAUAAAUUUUAUAUUGAAAAGUAUUUUUUUUUCAACAGCAUGCCACAGUAUCUUGACACUAAACAGCUAAAUACCAAACACUCUAGCAUUUUACUGCAGUCUAAACUUCUAAGUGUCAUUUAUUAUAUCAUUUCUUUACUUACAUAUUCAUGAAGUCAAGUUUCACAAAAAAAAAAAAAAAAAAAAUUCC